CUUACUGAACUGUUCAUCCUUUCAAGGUUCGAAAUCCCCGAGGACUAUGAGAAAUUUUUCACUCCCUCUGAGAGGAGCUUGGUUGUGGACUUCGUUCUCAAACGCACGGGGACUCGGUCGCAAGUUAUGGGCUCUUUGUCAGCCGAUGAGAGUGAAGACCCCGAUGCCGAUCCUCAACUCUUAACAGCCGAGGAAGUGGAAUUCGAGAAGCAAACUCGAGCUCAACCCGAAGAUGUGAAAUUGGCCACACGUGGAAAGGUGGAGCUGGGUAUUGACAAUUUGAUUAGUGAGAAAGUUUUUCUCGCGGCUUUCCCACUGCACGAGCCUUCUGAACAACUUCUGGAAUUGUUGAAACUUCGUGGGGUCACUAGUCCUGGAACCAGCGCUUCCCCGACGGAUGUGAUUGAGAACAAUAUGCGCACACUGUUGACUAGCCAAUGGGCAAAUUUAGGGAAGAUGCUUAAACACCAACCACUGGACUAUAUUCGACUUUACUUCGGCGAAUCUAUCGCAUUCUACUUCGCUUGGCUUGGUCUUUACACCUACUGGUUAAUUCCUGUCGGCAUCUUCGGCCUACUUGUCUUCUGCCUCUCCGCUAUCGAUAUAGCCGAUGAUCGGGUUGUUGAAGAUGUCUGCAAUCGCGGUGGAGAAAUUAUUAUGUGUCCAACUUGCAACAAAGGAUGUCAAUUAUGGCUGUUGAAUUCGUCGUGUUUUGCGACAAAAAUGACUCAUCUAGUGGAUAAUAUGGGCACUGUUUUGUUCGCCGUGUUCAUGGCACUUUGGGGCAAGUUCAAUUUGCAUUUGUUUAGAGCUCUUUUUUGUAUCAUCUCUCCCCUUCUAGCUACUCUUUUUAUGGAGAAUUGGAAGCGUUAUCAAAAUGUUCUGGCCUACCGAUGGAAUGUCCAAAAUCUCGAAACCAUAGACGAACCACCAAGACCGGAAUUUCUUGCACUUAUUAAGAAACGCGGAUACAAAACCUCCGUUAAUAUAAUCACUGGUCGAGAAGAACCUACCAUUCCAUUCUGGAGUAGAAAACUGCCAGUCACCACACUCUCCUUCAUUUCAGUCCUCUUCGGUGUUAUUCUCUGUUUGGCGGCUCUUAUUGGUGUAAUUUUCUACCGCUUGGUGGUGAAUACUUUACUUCUUCAAAGCGACAACGUCUUUAUUAACACGGUAGCCGGCAUGAUCACAACUGUGACCAGCUCUUGCAUCAACUUGGUUUGCAUUUUCAUUCUGAAAUUUGUUUACGAUAAAAUUGCUGUGAGGUUGACCGAUAUGGAGAACCAUAGAACUCAAUCUGAGUAUGAUGAUAGUUUGACACUGAAGCUGUAUCUUCUCCAAUUUGUCAACUUCUACUCUUCCAUUUUCUACAUCGCCUUCAUUCAAGGAACUACAGCGAGUUUGCCUGGAGAUGACAGUGUUCCCAUUCGUUCUUCUGGUUGCGACAACGGAAAUUGCCUAUUCCAACUCUUCAUUCAAUUAGCCAUCAUCAUGGUUGGCAAACAGUUCCUUAACUUCCUCACUGAGAAUACACUCCCACCAAUCAAACGAUGUCUCUCGGUGUACUUUGCUCAACGCCGAAGCAACAAGGGGAGAAAUGGGCUCAUUGAAAAUCAACCUCAAUACGGGUCAAUUGAAUCUGGAGAGCCAGAAAGGAUUCCUUUGACAGAUUCCGGUAAGCCGAUCCUCUACAAUUGCAGAGUUAACUACACUCUCUUGGAUGGUGGUUCAAGGCCUCUGUUUGAGGAAUAUCUGGAAAUGUUGAUGCAAUAUGGUUUCAUUACAAUGUUUGUUCCCGCCUUUCCGAUUGCUCCGCUAUUUGCGCUGCUAAAUAACGUGGUUGAAAUCCGUACGGACGCCAAGAAAUUCAUACGACUUAUGCGUCGACCUACCAUAAAGCGAGAAAAGGGGAUUGGCGUUUGGUUUAGCAUUCUCAGUGUGGUGUCGAGCCUGGCUAUUAGAACGAAUGCUUGCUUGAUCGCAUUCACCUCGGACUUUUUGGCACGAAUGACCUACAUAUUCUACUAUUCGCCCAGUGGAAAUUUGGAAGGUUUUGUUGACUUCUCUCUCUCUUACAUGAAUGUUUCGAGGUUCACAUUAACAGCGAAAGACGAAGCUUUGCUUGGGAACUCUACAUACUGUCGGUAUCGUGAUUUCCGUGAACCACCAACAGCGGCAGACCCCUAUAGUUACACACCCAUUUACUGGCAUAUUCUAGCUUUUAAAUUUGCCUUUGUGUUCAUUUUUGAGAAUGUUGCUUUAGCUCUGUGUGCAUUCUUGGCCAAGUGCAUUCCUGAUAUGCCUAGGAGUCUUGUCAUAAUUUCUCGACACGAGGCAAGAGUUAUCAGCGAAUUGGAACUAACUGAUGAUAAGGAUAAUGCGUGGGAACCUCCAACUCAACAACCUCCAAUUGGAUUUUCUUGUGUUGAUGAAAUAAAGCCUAGGGAACGCAACCACGUUGGAGUCGACGUUCUUCGUUUCCAAUGA